CCUUCCUCUCUUUGCACCCUCUGUGCACGUGCUCAUGUGUCGUCCUCAGUCAGGGGCUUCUCCAUGUCUGUCUGUGUGUACAGGGUGUGUGUUCAGCGACGGCCGGGCCAUCUGUCCCAGUGCUAACUUUGCCAAAGCCACAGUGACUGGAGUGGCUCCAGCAGCCGCCGUCCUCCACCUCCCACCGUCUGCCCCUUGCAUUGGUUUCAGCGAGACACGGCAGGAAGCGGCUGCUUCGUCCCAGAACCGCUUCCUCUGCCCUCCCCUCCCUCCCACAGAGCUCCAGUAAUCCUGCCAGAUGACUGCAUUGAACCUGAAGUCUCUGGUGUCAACUGGAGGUCGGAGUGUACAGGCAGCAUGUGACUGGCUGUUCUCCCACGUGGACGACCCGUUCCUGGACGACCCGCUGCCCAGGGAGUUCGUUCUCUACCUGCGACCCAGCGGGCCGCUCCAGAACCAGCUCUCACACUUCUGGCAGCAGAGCCGGGUCACCUGCGGCAAAAACAAGGCCCACAAUAUUUUCCCACACAUCACUCUCUGUCAGUUCUUCAUGUGUGCCGACCCCAAAGUGGAAGCCCUGUGUGAGGCCCUGCAGACCACCGUGCAGCAGUGGAGGGGCCGCUUCCCCCGCCCGCUGCCUCUGGAGCUCUACACGUCGUCCAACUUCAUCGGGCUGUUUGUGGAGGAGCAGGUGGCCGACGUCCUCAGGCAAUUCGCAGCCGACUUCGCCACAGAGGCCGUCAGGAAGACAGAGGUCAAAGUGGAGCCUCACAAGAAGCAGCUCCACCUGACGCUGGCCUACAACUUCCCCAGUGAUCACCUCUCCUCACUGGAGAAGCUGGCCAAGGGCAUCGAGGUGAAGCUGGGCUGUGAUUGGCUGGCUGUCCUGUUCUCCCGGGACAUUCGUUUUGCUAACCAUGAGACGCUGAGGGUCAUGUACCCCUACAUGCCCCAGAACGACGACGAACUGGAGCUGGUUCCUGGGGAUUUUAUCUUCACGUCUUCCAUGGACCAGACCAGCACCAGCGAGGGCUGGGUCCACGGAACCUCGCUGGCCACCGGCCUGUCUGGACUUCUGCCUGAGAACUACGUGAGCCUGGCCGACGAGUCUGACACCUGGGUGUUUCACGGCUCCCAUUCCUUCUUCAGCUGUGGACCCAGUGAUAAAGCUGGUAAAGAGAAAGGAAUGUUUGACGGCCUGCUGGACGGCCGACGUCCCGACAGCACCAGUCCUGGAGACACGCCUGCUCUCAGUGUGAUCUGCCACCCUAUGCAGGUACAGGUCCUGCGGUUCAGUGGCAGCCACACUCGGCAGCCCAAACGGACGGUGUUCGUGUGCCGGCACGGUGAGAGGAUGGACGUGGUGUUUGGGAAACACUGGCUCACUCUCUGCUCGGACAGCAAAGGUAGAUACGUACGCUCCAACCUCAACAUGCCUCCCAGCCUGCCCCUGUGGGGAGGACAGAGAGACUACGACAUGGACGCCCCCAUCACUGUGUUUGGGUCCACUCAGGCCCGAUUAGUGGGCGAGGCCCUGUUGGAGAGCAACACAAUGAUAGACUUUGUGUACUGCUCUCCAUCACUGCGAUGUGUUCAGACUGCACAGAACAUUUUGAAAGGCCUGCAGCAGGACGGGAAGCUGAAGGUGCGGGUGGAGCCGGGUCUUUUCGAGUGGACAAAGUGGGUGUCGGGGAACUCCAUGCCAGCGUGGAUCCCCCCCACUGAUCUGGCUGCUGCCAACUUCAGUGUAGACACAGCUUACAGGCCUCUGAUCCCGGCCAGCAAGCUGACUGUGUCCGAGUCCUACGAGAACUACAUGAGCCGCAGCUACCAAGUCACCAAAGACAUCCUGUCAGACUGCAAAAACACAGGAAACAACGUGCUGAUCGUAGCCCACGCGUCUUCCCUGGAGGCCUGCACACGGCAGCUGCAGGGCCGCAGCCCCCAGAACGCCAAGGACUUCAUCCAAGUCGUACGAAAGAUCCCGUACCUGGGCUUCUGUGCCUGUGAGGAGCAUGGAGAGACGGGAAUGUGGCAGUUAGUGGACCCUCCUAUCCUGCCUCUGACUCACGGACCGAACCACUCCUUCGACUGGAAGGAGACUCUUCUGCAAGAAUGAUGCCUGUCUACUCCGAGUCGGUCACAGUGCUCUCCCUGUGCCCCAUCCACCUCCACUCCCCCACCAACAACCAACCAACCCAACAAAAUAACUGGAGCUCUUGUCUUCUCAGCCUGUCAGUGGCUGCUGAUUGAGCCAGCAGAAUAAAGAUGAGCAGUCCCAGCAGUGGAUUGGCAAACAUUCACACUCUGCUGGCGUUAUGUGGCGACUCAGGACACUGACAGGCUCAGGCGGUCUGACAGGGUCAGUGGGUUUCUGCUGCUCUGUGUGGAAUCUCAUGUCAGCACCGCCUUUGGAAUUUGGUCAGAUCAACAUUGCAAACUCUUUCAUGUCAUACUUCCCAUGUUGAUUUAUGCUAAAGCAUGUUAGCAGGCUAAUAUGCUAGCUUAGAACUUAAAGCUUGAACUUCAACUUCCUAGUAUGCAGUUGGAGGCUUUUUAUUUUUCCUCGCUCUCUGUUAGUCAUGCCACCCCAAUAUUUUUACCAGCCUGGGGUCUGACCACCCCAUGAGAACGGACGCCACUGGACGUAUGCAUCAACAAAAGGACCAUUGUCUUCCCUGUGUGUGUGUGUGUGUGUGUGUGUGUGUGUGUGUGUGUGUGUGUGUGUGUGUGUGUUGAAAUGCACUUUUUUCUUAUUUUAUUUCCAGUCUCAGCAGCUGAGGCUCAUCAUGGUGGGUCUGGUUGCUCGUGGCGUCAGGUCAGAUCUCUGCGAAUUGAGAAAGUUUCUCCUGUUGCAUAAUUAACUUUCUUGUCUUAAUGAAACUAAAUCAAACAACAAAGUGGACGUGUCACAACAAUUCUAAAAAAUGUGUCACCCAUGUUGAUUUUUAUGCUUGUUUUUGUUACUUUGUUUUUCAAUUCUGCAAACAUUUGAUUAGAGAUUUUUUUUUAUGUAUGCCAAAAAAACAUAAAGAGACUGGAACCCUCCUGAUGGUGUAAACAGCAGUGCUCUCCCAAACUGUUGCUACUGAUUGUUUUUGCGGCCUUCUCUGACCCGUUCAGUGUAUUUAAUAUAUAACACACACACAGAGCUUCGACAGCACAUGUUGCACUUAGUGACAAUCAUCCAGUAGCAUCUUGAUUCUGGCCCAGCAGUGAUUGUUGUCCAAAGGGUUGGAGUAGCUGUAAUCAUAUACUCAGAAAGGUCUUCCAGUUUUAUCUCUAUUUAUUUUUAAGCCUCUUUUUUAGAUAAAAAAUAAUGUGUAUAAAGAAAAAUAAUAAUUUUUAGCUGCAUGAAAGAACUUCAGGAGUGUCUCAGGUGUUGCAUUUAGCAGGUAUUUGCAGCUUUGUGUUAACUGACUGUACUGUUGUGCCUCUGAGAGUUCCUGCCUUGUCUCCGUAUGUUCUUCAUUUCUCGGCUGCAAAAGCCGGAGACACAACGAGGACGUUUGCGUAGCCACGUUGUGCUAUUAGUUCACAACAGAUUAUCAUUUUAAUUUUUUUUUUUUUUUUUUUUUUAAAAAACAUUCAGGCUGAAACUUGAAUGUAUUUUUUGUUCCGAUGCUAGAGUUUGGUUUGAGUAGACUCUGAGUCUGGAGCCUUUUCUGGGUUAUCCUCAGAUCAUGACGGGAUGCUGAUCGUGACAGAAUGUAGGAGGACAUCAAUCAGAGGAACCGUCGACUGGAAGGAGGUUCAACAUGAUCACGGAGAUGCUGCUCUUCUUUUCUGACCGUUUCAAAAGUAAAAGCAAAGAGUCACAGUUGAGCCCCGUGAAGCCGAUCAGCAAAGCAACAUUGGAAAAUAAACUGCAGAGACAAAUUAAGUUAAAACAUCUCAGGUCUGUUUCCUGUUAAAAUAACAGCACUUUCUAUUAGUUUAAAUAACACAUUUCAAUAAAUUCCAAAUGUAAUUAGCAUACUAAACUGAUUAUCCUAAAUUAAUCCAGUCUUGUAGUCUGUAUAAGUAUAUAAUUUAUUUUAUUCCUAAAUUGUUAUUACUGUUCUUUAACCUUUUACAACAUAGGGAGCUAAAACGCCGCCUUUCACUUUUUCAGGGUUUUUUUUUUUUCAUCAACUCCAGACAAAAGAGUAAUAUUUCAUUUUAGGGAUUUAAAAUAAACUCUUAAGUCAGUUCUUUCUAAGUCUUGGUAGGAUCCAAGCUCCUAAAAGAUUUCACACUCUGCCAAAAACAUGGUUUUCAUCAGAAAAUACCAUGAAGAGGUCAGAGGUCUUACUUUUGAUCUUCAGUUAGAAUCUGAAAUUCAGGAACUUCAGAGAUACUCAAUCUUGCCACAUAAAAUAAGAAAAGCUUUAGAAAUAUGUCUUUGACAUAAACAAAUUAACUACCAACAUCUCGUGUAUGAAUUAUAUGAACAUAUAUAUGAGUAUGAACCUAUAUUAAUGACCCCCAGACCAUCUUGGGAUGACAGAUAAAUUUCCAAAACUUAAGCCUGGUUCCCCAUGUUCUGUCAAAGUUAGAGAAUCUUCUUAGGUGCAGACAGAGAGUCAGCAUAAUGUACCAUGAGAUUUUGCAACGUUAUUGUUUGGUCAUUGUUGUGACAUUUGAGUAGCACUUGCUCAAAUGUUAAAAAAAUGUUAGAAUUGCCUGACUGAGCUGGAGAUCAUAAUGUGUAUGCUACAGUAUCAGAGGCAAUCUGAUCUGUGUCAUUUAAAUGUGAUGGAUCAGGGAGGUUAAAACAUAGCAACUGGUCAGUGAUAUAGCAUCGGUAAAGAUGAAAAUGUGAGAGAGCAGGAUCUGUACCCUGGCCAUUAAUAGAACCAAAAUUAAAUAUUUUUCCUUUUAGAACCAUCAACAAAUCGAUGAAGGACUACAAAUGACACCAGGGUGAUGACAAUUAUGUUUUUUCUCAAACUGGAUCCAUGGACCACUUCGCUGUUCUUUAUGUGGAACCUGAUCAUAACUGUAGAGGCUAGUUACUGCUGAUGUUUUUACCUCCACAAAAAAGGAUUCUUUACAUUUUUCAAAGCUGAUCUUGAUAAAACCACAACUUCGCAAUUACAAUGUUUCCAUCAAAUAAGAAAUGCAAUUAAAAUCAUACGUAGUCUGCUCAUGCAAUGUCUUUAAAAAACAUACAGCAUCAUGAUCCUCCUGCUACUUCCUGUCAUCUUCUUUUCAAUUCGUGCCAGUGGCAACAUCACUGUUGUGGUUUGUGUGACUCAUGCGAUGCAAAAAAAAGUGUUUCCAUUGCAGUAAACCGAUUUGGAUAUGGC